AUGGCUGACGGGAUCAACGCGAAGGACGCGCGUCUCACCUCGGGGCUGGUCGUCCCUUCGCCCCUCGCCGACGUGCUUCGCCCACAUCAGGUUGACGCACUGCAUUUUAUGUGGAGUAAACUCGUGGAUGAGGGUAUACAACGCGUUAUACAAGCUAGUGUGGCGAUGCCGUUGGUGGAGCGGGUGCAUCUCUACCAGGAACUGUUUGGUUGUGUUAUUGGCCACUCGAUGGGCCUUGGCAAGACUGUCACCGUGUUGAGUUUUCUUCUGCUGUUUCAGCAGCGCUACACUGUCAGCGAUGCCUCGGCACCAGCGAUACGUGUCAUCGUGCUGACCCCGCGGAGUUGCACGUUUCAAUGGCAGUGCAGUGCGGCGGAGUGGAUGAUCCCCACGCUGUUCGGUGACACGGUGCUGCCCGUGUACGCACUACUGGGCUCCCGCGCGCCGGAGAAGACCAUCUUGGAGUUCUAUCAAACAGGUGGCAUUCUUCUUCUGGGCUACGAGGAGUACCAGGGGCUGCUUCGACGGGCGAAAGAGGGUGUUGCAGGCUCGCAAGCGUACACCCGCGUCAAGUCGUUGUUUGAUUACUUGCGACCACCACUACCCCUUAGCAGCCAUAUUUCUUUGCUGGAGGUGCUGGAGAGCCCUGAUGUGGUGGUUUUGGACGAGUCGCAUCGGCUUAAACGCCUCAACUCAAAACUUGUGGGAGGCCUAAUGGAACAUCUGCGAGGCGUGCAGCUGCGGGUGGCGAUUACAGGCACCCCGCUGCAGAACCACUUGGAGGAGUACAACGUCAUGUACUCUGUUGUGACGGGGGCCAUGAUGCAGUCUGGCUCCUUCCGUCGUCUCUUUACAAAUCCCAUCGAGCGAGGACAGUGCAAGGACUCUACGUUUCAGCAGUUUGUGGAGAUGCAGAAGUGUGUGGCGUCGCUGCGUCGCUUCUUUGGGACAACAGUGCAUCACUGUGGGCCUGAGGUUCUUGAGCGGGAACUUCCACCGCGGCGGGAGUACGUCAUCCUGGUGGGGCUGUCGCCAAAGCAGGAGGCGGCAUACCGGUCGAUGCUGAAGACUUACACCAAGGGCGAAGCCAACCGCGCUAUUCUUCCGCUUCACCACGAGGCCGCACACGUCUGCUUUCAUCCUGCUUUGACGCAGCAGCGGGCGCGAGAGGUGAUGCGCGCUUCGUACGACGGGCCCGUGUCAAGUACGGUGCUGAACAGCAACCCGGGGGAGCUUGAAGGCGGUGAGGAAGGGAGUAAUUUCUCCUCCAUCUCCUCGGAUGAGAUGCCUUCAGAAGAUUUUGACGACGCGGACCUUGAGGUGGCCCUGGAGCACCUUAAUGUGGCGGAGUCGCCGAAGCUUGUCUUGACGCUUUCGCUGCUGUGGCACAUCAGCGAGGAGCUGCACGAGAAGGUGGUGCUCUUCUCCACGUACAGGAGCCACUUGUUCCUCUUGCAGCGGCUGCUGUGGCAGCGGGGAAUGCUGGCGGACGUGAUGCAUGGAGGGCUGGAGGUAAGGGAGCGUCAACGCAUCAUUGAACGCUUCACAGAAGACGCAUCUCGUUUUGUCCUGCUGUGCUCCACAAGGGCCAGUGGUGUGGGCAUUAAUUUGGUUGCCGCGAACCACUGCAUUUUGUUUGACGUGAGUUGGAACCCGGCCGAUGACACGCAGGCAACCUACCGCCUUUAUCGCUACGGUCAACAGCGGCCCGUAACCAUCUACCGCAUUGCCACCGACGGAACCUUUGAGCAUGUUGUCUUCUUCUACGCCCUCAGCAAGGCAUGGCUCCACAAGAAGAUUGUAGACGUGGCGGACCCCACAAGGUAUGAGCGUCACAUGAAGGAAAACUACUUUAUGUAUCCCUGUAGGUUGCCGAUUGACUUUGAGCGCGGCGAUGGCAGUGACGAAAAGCGCACUCCGCUUCCAAAUAAUGAGGCGGUACAAGAACGCUGGCGCGAGUACGCCUCCCGCCACUCCCCGGCACUCGCACUCACGGCACCGGACGGAACAUUUGCGUGGAUACGUUCCAUCUCUGAGCAUUCCUUCUUGCUGCGUGACAAUACGGACGAUGUGAUUCGGGAAAUGGGGAAACGGUUUGCGACACAGAGGCCGGUGCCCGGUCUUCCUGUUGUGCUGGAACGCGCCAACGGCGAAAGAUUUCUUAUUAGAGGACGUGACGCCUUUACCACUACAGCGGUGUGA